GAUAGUGCGCCUGCGCAGAAGAAAAGGACCGUUAGCUGUCAGAAAGAAGCUCGGAUCCGGAGACCUGCGCGUCAAACCGAGCAGAACCGGGGCACACCGGACUUGGCACCGCGUCCGAAACCAGGUCUGGGGUUGUGGCCAGUACAGCAGUGAGACUAUCAACGAAACCGAGAAAGCAUAUAGCCGGAGGACCGAACUGUAAAAAGAGGGUGUCUUUCCUCUCAAGCAAGUCAGAACCGAACAGUGCCGGCGGUGCAAACUCAGCGGUACCGAGCCUCGACCCGACCCAGCGUUACCCAAGGGUUUCUGAGCCGUAAUGCUAAACCGAGCUCAUUACCCAGAACCGGAGCGGGUGUGACCGAAUCUUCCAGGGAGCUCCGUCUAUCCCGAACCAGGACAGUGACAGCAUCUCUCGAAGCUGUGCUCAGGAGAUACCGAACCGAGGACUGUUAGGAAUCCUUUUAAAAAACCCGAAGCGAUCACAAUAUCAUCGGGACUGACUGAGCAGAGGAAUUGACUUGGCGGUGUAUUAUAUUAAUAAUUAUCGAGAGCCUGCAUGGUUUGAAUCAGCCCUAAAGACCCGUUUCCUCCUCGACUCGCUCACUCCACGGCUCCCCUCGUCACCUCCCCGGCUGUGUCGCCAUGGGUAACCGCGGGAUGGAGGACCUGAUCCCGCUGGUGAACCGGCUGCAGGACGCGUUCAGCUUUAUCGGGCAGAGCUGCAACCUCGACCUGCCGCAGAUCGCUGUGGUGGGCGGGCAGAGCGCCGGCAAGAGCUCGGUGCUGGAGAACUUCGUGGGCAGGGACUUCCUGCCCCGGGGCUCCGGCAUCGUCACCAGGAGGCCUCUGGUCCUGCAGCUCAUCAGCGCCACCACAGAGCACGCAGAGUUCCUGCACUGCAAGGGGAAGAAGUUUACCGACUUCGAUGAAGUGCGGCAAGAGAUUGAGGCUGAGACUGACCGCAUCACUGGAGUCAACAAGGGCAUCUCUCCCGUCCCCAUCAACCUGCGAGUGUACUCUCCACACGUGCUGAACCUGACCCUCAUCGACCUGCCUGGCAUCACCAAGGUGCCUGUCGGGGACCAGCCCCCCGAUAUCGAGUACCAGAUCCGGGACAUGCUCAUGCAGUUCAUCUGCCGAGAGAACUGCCUCAUCCUGGCAGUGACCCCCGCCAACACCGACCUGGCCAACUCCGACGCGCUCAAACUGGCCAAGGACGUGGACCCCCAGGGCCAGCGCACCAUCGGGGUGAUCACCAAGCUGGACCUGAUGGACGAGGGGACAGACGCACGGGACAUCCUGGAGAACAAGCUGCUGCCACUGCGGAGAGGGUACAUCGGCGUGGUAAACCGCAGUCAGAAGGAUAUCGACGGGAAGAAGGACAUCAAGACGGCUCUGGCUGCGGAGAGGAAGUUCUUCCUGUCUCACCCGGGGUACCGGCACUUGGCCGACAACAUGGGCACCCCCCACCUGCAGAGAGUGCUUAACCAGCAACUGACCAACCACAUCCGCGACACGCUGCCGGCGUUCCGCAGCAAACUGCAGGCUCAGCUCCUCUCCCUGGACAAGGAGGCGGAGGAGUACCGACAGUUCAGACCCGACGACCCUUCACGCAAGACCAAGGCACUGCUGCAGAUGGUGCAGCAGUUCUCAGUGGAUUUUGAGAAGCGGAUCGAGGGUUCGGGGGACCAGGUCGACACGUUGGAGUUGUCCGGGGGAGCAAAGAUCAACCGCAUCUUCCACGAGCGCUUCCCCUUCGAGCUGGUCAAGAUGGAGUUUAAUGAGAAGGAUCUGCGCAGGGAGAUCAGCUACGCCAUCAAGAACAUCCACGGAAUCAGGACAGGUCUCUUCACUCCGGACAUGGCGUUCGAGGCGAUUGUGAAGAAGCAGAUAGUGAAGCUGAAGGAGCCGUGCCUCAAGUGUGUGGACAUGGUGAUCCAGGAGCUCAUCAACACAGUGCGGCAGUGCACCAUCAAGCUCGGGACAUUCCCUCGGCUGAGAGAGGAGACGGAGCGCAUCGUGACGACUCACAUCCGGGACAGGGAGAGCAGAGCCAAGGACCAGGUGCUGCUGCUGAUUGAGGUCCAGCUCUCUUACAUCAACACCAACCAUGAGGACUUCAUUGGGUUUGCCAAUGCUCAGCAGAGAAGCAGUCAGAUGAGUAAGCAGAGUUCUGCUGGUAAUCAGGUGAUCCGGAAGGGCUGGCUGACCAUCAACAACAUCAGCAUCAUCAAGGGUGGAGCCAAGGAGUACUGGUUCGUGCUGAGCGCCGAGAGCCUGUCCUGGUUCAAGGAUGACGAGGAGAAGGAGAAGAAGUACAUGCUGCCCCUGGACAAUCUGAAGGUGCGGGACGUGGAGAAGGGCUUCAUGUCCAGUAAGCACAUCAUCGCCAUCUUCAACACAGAGCAGAGGAAUGUUUACAAGGACUAUCGCUACCUGGAGCUGGCCUGUGACUCCCAUGAAGAGGUGGACAGCUGGAAGGCUUCUCUGCUGCGAGCCGGAGUCUACCCUGAGAAACCCUCUGUGGACAGCGAUGACUCGGGCCCCUCUGAUAACUUCUCCAUGGACCCCCAGCUGGAGCGGCAGGUGGAGACCAUCAGGAACCUGGUCGACUCUUACAUGGCCAUCGUCAACAAGUGCAUCCGGGACCUCAUGCCCAAGACCAUCAUGCACCUCAUGAUCAGCAACGUGAAGGAGUUCAUCAACGCGGAGCUGCUGGCCCAGCUGUACUCCACGGAGGAUCAGAGCGUGCUGAUGGACGAGUCUGCAGAGCAGGCACAGCGCCGGGACGAGGUCCUGCGCACUCACCACGCCCUGAAGGAGGCACUAGCGAUCAUCGGAGACAUCUCCACCACCACCAUCUCCACACCACUUCCGCCCCCCGUCGACAACUCCUGGCAGGGGGGCCGCAGGUCGCCCCCUCUGAGCCCCACUGCCCCCCGGAGGCUGCUCUCCUCCUCUCGUGUCCCUGCAGGUCGAGGCCCCGCCCCCGCGGCCCCCCCUGUUCCGUCACGCCCCGGCCCGCUGCCCCCCCUCAACAAUAACGCUGAGGCGCCCACCGCCCCCCCCCAGGUCCCCAGCCGGCCCAACCGCGCCCCCCCCAGCAUUCCCAGCCGCCGGCCUCCUCCCUCUCCCACCAGACCCACCGUAAUCCGGCCGGGAGACUCGUCCCUCUUCGACUGAAACACAAGCUCCGCCCACCAGCUCCAUCUGCUAACCAUGCAUGCCCUGCCUCCCAGUAUAGCAACCCUGCCUCCCAGUAUAGCAACCCUGCCUCCAAGUAUAGCGGCCCUGCCUCCCAGUAUACUGCCCCCUGGCUAGUGUAGUCGUAGCCCUGCCUCCAAGUAUAGCAACCCUGCCUCCCAGUAUAGCGACCCUGCCUCCCAGUAUAGCGGCCCUGCCUCCCAGUAUAGCGGCCUCCUGGCUUGUGUAGUCGUAGCCCUUCCUCCCAGUAUAGCGGCCUCCUGGCUUGUGUAGUCGUAGCCCUUCCUCCCAGUAUAGCGGCCUCCUGGCUUGUGUAGUCGUAGCCCUUCCUCCCAGUAUAGCGACCCUGCCUCCCAGUAUAGCGACCCUGCCUCCCAGUAUAGCGGCCCUUCCUCCCAGUAUAGCGGCCCCCUGGCUUGUGUAGUCGUAGCCCUUCCUCCCAGUAUAGCGACCCUGCCUCCCAGUAUAGCGGCCCUUCCUCCCAGUAUAGUGGCCCCCUGGUUGGUGUAGUCGUAGCCCUUCCUCCCAGUAUAGCGACCCUGCCUCCCAGUAUAACGGCCCUGCCUCCCAGUAUAGCGGCCUCCUGGUUGGUGUAGUCGUAGCCCUUCCUCCCAGUAUAGCGACCCUGCCUCCCAGUAUAGCGGCCCUGCCUCCCAGUAUAGCGGCCUCCUGGUUGGUGUAGUUGUAGCCCUUCCUCCCAGUAUAGCGACCCUGCCUCCCAGUAUAGCGGCCCUGCCUCCCAGUAUAGCGGCCCCCUGGCUUGUGUAGUCGUAGCCCUUCCUCCCAGUAUAGCGGCCCUGCCUCCCAGUAUAGCGGCCCUUCCUCCCAGUAUAGCGGCCCCCUGGUUGGUGUAGUCGUAGCCCUGCCUGUGCACGUGACGUGUCCCUUGUCGUUCUGUUAGCAGUCCCGCUGUGUGAAGCAGACUGGCUGCAGCUGAGCUGAGAGGCUGCAGCCGGGCGCUAGAGCUUUCAGUGUUGCAUGCCUAGGAAAGAUGUACAGAAACCCAAACAUAUUAUAUGCUCUACAGAGCCUGAGGGGCUGCUAUGUGUUGUACAAUUCUAUUUGAGACAUGGGAUGUGUGUGCGUGUGCAUGCACGUGCGUGUCUGUGUGCACGCGCGUGUGUGUGUGUAUGUGUGUGUGUGCGUGCGUGUUGAUGUCGACGGCUCUCGUACCCUGCCCUCGGUGUGGAGAGUGAGGCUGUGAGCAGCGAGGAUGGAUCUGUUUGCUGUGGUGUUGUCCUGUUUGGUGGUGUGGGUGCAGUUCAGAGCUGCUUGCUGUGGUGUUGUCCUGUUUGGUGGUGUGGGUGCAGUUCAGAGCUGCUUGCUGUGGUGUUGUCCUGUUUGGUGGUGUGGGUGCAGUUCAGAGCUGCUUGCUGUGGUGUUGUCCUGUUUGGUGGUGUGGGUGCAGUUCAGAGCUGCUUGCUGUGGUGUUGUCCUGUUUGGUGGUGUGGGUGCAGUUCAGAGCUGCUUGCUGUGGUGUUGUCCUGUUUGGUGGUGUGGGUGCAGUUCUCGCUCCCAGGUGAAUGUGACUCUGUGUGAUUCGUAUCCGGGGGCCUUCAAAGCUCUCAGUCUCUAAUAAACCUGGUGCAUUUCCAGCCUCUCA